AUGGCCGCUCAACGACCCUCCGAGACCGUGUCCACCACCGAAGGCCCGGAACUGGGUCAAACGUACCGGCGCCCGGUCAUUGCCAAACAGCUCAACACCGACUACCCACUCAUCGACUCCGACCCCCACUUCCGCCGCGUCAUCGGCUACGCCCGCCCCAGCGACUACUACACCGGCGCAGCCUUCGGCUCGCUCAUGCCCGCCGGCACCCUCCUAAUGGAACGCAUCUCCCCCACCGAAGUAGCGAAACCGGGCUUCGCCUCCGUAAUGCGGCUCUCCGGCUUCCUCGGCCUGACAGCGGGCUUCCUGCUCUUCUACCAGCGCUCGGCGCUGCGCUUCUACGGCUUCAGCGAGAACCGGCGCGAGAUGGAGAUGGACAUGCGCGAGAUGACGGACAAGGUGAAGCGCGGGGAGCCGCUGUAUGGCGUGAGCGGGAUGACGGAGUAUAUGCAGGGGGUGGCGAGCCGGCAGAGUCGGUAUGCCGGGGUGUUUCUGCAUGUCAUGCCGUGGUUCAACUUUGUGAAUCACAAUCAGCAUGGUGUGGAUACGUCGAAGUACUAUCAGAAUGCCGAGAGGGAAUUGGAGGCGGAGAAGCAGAGGAGAUAG